GUUCCUUUCCCAAGGCUUCUCUCUUCCCUCCCACGUCGAAUAUAUGCCGCCCCCCCAGCUUUUGCACACGUCCCUUCAAUUCCUCUCCGGCCACCUCGCCUCGUCCACCGCUUCUGGCCUCCUCCCAGCCAUGGCCCACCACUCACCGUCACCGUCCGGCAGCUUCUGUAGCCGCCGCCGCCGCCUGUCGGAGCUGCUGGGCGAGCAGCAGGAGCCCUUCUACCUCGACCUCUACCUCCUCGAGAAGGGCUGCUCCGCCGGUUUCCUCGACGCCGCGGCGUGCGGCGGCGGCGCCUGCUCGACGUGCUGGCCGAGGGCCCGGAGCACCGGCGGCAGGCUGCUGCGGCGGCCGGCGGCGAGGAGCAAGAAGGCGCCCCGCGGGAGCGGCGUGCUCCGGCUGCUCCUCUCCAAGAUUCUCAGCGGCGCGACGACGGCGCGAGCGCCUGCUGCGGCGACGGCGGCGGCCAAGAAGAAGCGGCCGCAGCCGGUCGCCAUCGAGUGGCGCCGCGUCGACGACGAGAAGCAGGGGGCGCCGAGCCCGUCCACGGACGCCACUGUUGCUUCUCCCCAGCGCGCCGCCGAAGGCCACCUCACAGAGGUUGAUGAGGAGCAGGGGGAAGACGAGGAAGAGGACGAGUCGUCGAAGAAGCAGCUGAGCCCCGUCUCCGUGCUGGAGCAGCGCCUGUUCGAGCGCUCGCCGCCGCCGCACGCGCAGAAAGCCUUUGUCCUCUUCAGCGAGCUCCUCGAGGCAGCCUGCGCACCAACCACGCUGCUGCACCUCCUCGCCAACGCCGACCGCGGCCAGUACAAGCCCAAAGACGGCGGCCGCCGCCGCCGCGGCACCAACGGCGGAGGCUCGACGCCGCCGCCCCGGCCGCCGCGGGCUCGGAAGAAGAACAGCAGCUACGCGCGACGGGAGCCGGAGGACGACGACGCGGCGCCGCUGGAGAGAGACCUCGCCGCGGUGGCCGCGCUCGUGGCGUCGGAGAUGCCCGGCGCGCGGGUCCGGCCCGAGGACCUGCGGCCGUCGGCGCGGGACGUCGGCGCGGACGUCGCGGCGGCGGUGCUGGACGCGCUGGUGGAGGAGGCGGCGGCCGAGCUGCUGCUGGUGCUCCUGCUGACGGAUGGGGAUGGGGAUGGACCGCGGCCGUGCGGCUGACACGGCGCGCGGCGACGGGCGACGACGACGCUGACGUGACCUUCGUACCGUUGUUGGGUUUCUGGUAGGGUGAUGUGCGUGUCUCGUCGACGUGUAUUAUAUGGUUGAUGGUGGUUUUCUUGGUUGAGGUGUGUAGUAGUUUGUGCUGAUUGGCUGACAGUGCCAAGUGAGCUACCGUUUUGGUGGUUGGCGUGAUAGGGCAUGAUGCCAAAACGGAGGUUGCAUUGUACAUGCAUGAUGGUUGACAUGCAUGGUGAGACUAAUCGAUAAAUAAGAACAUUGUACAUAUUUUUUUGUUAA